CAAUCGGCGAAGUCGUUCUUAGUCGUUGUCAGCAACCAAAAUACACAAUCUAAAAAACCAGGAACUGGCGUGUGACCGAGUGAGGGGUCACAAACGGUUUUAUUAAACCCUGAAUUAUUGACCAUCUGUUUCCGUCUUCGCGAGCAUGUCCGCGGACCCGACGCCUCCGCUGUGAACUCUAUUCUGUCGGCAUGAAUCUCGGAGACGGCCUGCUGUUCGAACUUGAAAAUGGAAAACCCAGGUUGAUUUUACUCAGUCGUGGCGUUGAGAAGAAUCCAGCAAAGCUGUCCUUCAGGCCCAGAAAGGCCAACGUCCUGAGCUCCCGUCAGCCGUCAUGUGUGGGGGAGGCGCAGGGAGAGGAGCGUCCUGCCCGGCAGCAGCAGGCGGGGAGGCACAGGGAAACCAAGGCUUUCACCUCAACGCCGAGCGGGGGGAGGAGCACCACUGUGACAUCGUCAAAGACUCAGGAGCAGCACGGAGGACCAAACGUUAAAGCUGUGGCCAAUGCGAAGUCCGGCAGACACAAACACGACACUGCUGUCGGCUCCCUGAGGGCGGACGAGAAGACGGGACGACCUCAGAACGGCGGGACACCAGCCGCUGGAAAGGAGGGAGUAACGGACUUCGUGGCCAGCGUGGGGGCGGGACCAAAGGACAGCAAGGUGUGUCUGACCAAUGGGCAGCUACAGAAGAUCCUCCACACAGUCCAGACCUCCAGCGUUGGUCCACACCCGCCAGAGGAGCACAGGACUCGAGUGAAUCAAUCAGACCCAAAAGAAGCUGGCUCCUCAAUGAACAGUGGAGUAGGAGGAGGAGAGAUGAAGGAGGAAGAUAGAGGAGGAGGAACUGAGACAAGUGGAAGAUCACUGGAUAAAGACGACGGGUCGUCUGCGUGUGCGUUCAGCUGGCUGGAGGAGCGACACUCAGACAGCAGAGCGGCCGUCGACGCCAAGAAGGCUCUGUGGAGGAGAGAACUAGAUGAGCAGGUGGCGUUGAAGCAGCAGCGCUCGGCUCCUGGCAGACUGCAGGUUGAGGAGGACACAGAGAGUGUGAUUUCAGUUCAGAGCUCCAUCAGCCACAGAGAUCAGCCUGCAGCCAUCAGAUCCAGCCUCCGACUCGGGGAGGUCACUCCGAUGGAGGAGGAGCAGCAGAGUGCUGAGAGGAGACAGGAGCAGAGGAGGCGCUGGCUGGAGGAGCUGGACCAGCAGAGGGAGGAGACGAGUCAACGCAGGAGACAAGAGAAGCUGCUGCAGAGACAGACGGAGGACCACGAGCUCUGGGCGGCACACUUUGACUCUCUGAAGAGACAACCUCCAGCCCAGACUCCCGCUCCGUCAUCUCCGUCAUCUCCACCUCCAGCUCCGUCCACCGUCUCUGAGCGGGGACAGUGGGAGCCCUCGUCCAGCCUGUCCCUGGUCUGGGAGGCCACCAGCAGCUGUGGAGCAGAGAGUGUGGGAAGAGCCAGCGUAGAUACAACCAGUGCACACCCAUCCGGAGCCAGGUAUCUGAGGUCCAUGACCGCCCUGCUGGACCCUGCCCAGAUCGAAGAGAGAGAGAGGAGGAGGCUAAAGCAGCUGGAGCAGCAGCUAGCCAUCGAGGCCCAGGUGGAGGAGCGUCAAGUGCAGAGAGAGAGAGAGGAGGCGAGGAGGAGAGAAGAGUUGGAGCGGGAAGAGAGGCGGGUGGUGCUGGAGAGGGAGGCGCUGGAGAGACACUUCAAGCUGGACACGCAGAAGUCGAGCAUCCCGGCGCAGCAGCCAAAGACCAAACGCGAGGACAGCGGGAGCCCGCAGAAGACGCCGGAGACCAGCGUUACCAGGCAGAGCGACAGCUCGGAGCAGGAGGUCAACAGUUCAUCGUCCUCGUGCAGAGACACCGGCGUACAGACGGAAGCGGCUCCCUCUCUACCACUCAGAGUUCAGACUCCUGAUGUCUCUGCACAUUACCAGACACCUCCUCCUCCUCCUCCUCCUCCUCCUCCUCCUCCUCCUCUCUCUGCUGCUCCUCCAAACGUCAGGAACCGAGCGGUGAGAACAGGGAAAGAGAACAUCUGUUUGCCAGGAGGAGGAGGAGGAGGAGGAGGAGGAGGAGGAGGCUCAUAUGAAGGCUUUGCCAGGACAGAGGGUAAUAAGAGGAGGCCGGAGUGGAACACACAGAGGCCCAGCCGCCGGUUCGUUCCGGCCUCGGAGCGUUACCCCCCUCCUCUACAGAGGAACCGACAGGAGAGUCGUCAGAGGAGGCAGGCGGAGCUCCUCGCUCUGCAGGAGAGGGCUUGUCUGUCCCGGACCGACCCCCCAAAUCCUCCUCCUCCUCCCCAGGAGCCCCGUCUCUGCUCCAACCCCCCACAGACCAGGACCGGUGCCCCCGUGAGGGUGGACAAUGUCUCCAGAGGACAAAGCGUCGUAUCAGCCACCAACGCUGAAAGCUCCUGCGAUGUGUCCUUGUCUCCCCACGCCAGAGACGGAGAUCAGAGUCAGCAGGCACCUUCCUCCUCUCCUCCUCUUCCCCUGGAGUUUGUUCCUUACGUCCGGAGCGACGAAGUCUUCAAAAUGGAUCCACUGGAGCCUGCAGACACCCCCCCUCCGCCAGCGCACUCAGAAGCUCCUCUGAGGCCAGUGUCUCCUCCUGCUCCCUCACAUCGACUCCUCCACACUGAACCACCACGUAAAACACACACACACCGACAGCAGGAGAUCCUCAGAGGCCUGGCUCAGCUACGGCAGGGUUUACUACAGAAGCAGAGGGAGCUGGAGACAGAACUGAAUCCUCCAUCAAAGCGCCAUGGCAACGAGCAAUGCAAGUGACCUGUGACCCCUGCUGGGUGUGUGCGGGAGAACAUCCAACAGAAGCAGAAACUCGCUCUGACACCGAAUGUUCAAUGUGUCUUUCACAUUAAGGGAGUCCUCAGUCGACAGAUAAUCUUCAUCUGGUCAUUUCAGAGGACUAAAGGGAUUUAUUUCAUCCCAUUACAGAGCAGAAAUAAAACAGAUCCAUUUUUAUAGCUAUUAUCAAUAGUGUUGUUUUUUAGGCAAAUAUUUCAUUUUUAUUUAAAAGAAAUCAUUGAAUCAGUUGGUAAACAGGUAAAUUAUUGUUGUAAUACUGUUUCACAAAUCAAUUUAACCUGCAGAAAAUGAUCAGACUGAAGUGUUAUUUGGGCAUUGAUCUCACGUUGGUCGUUUAGGUUUUCGGUGAGCUCCGCCAUCGGAGCCUGUUUGGGUUUUAUUGACUAGAACCGUGGACUGCUGAACAGCCAUCGUCAUAGUAACGACGUCGGUCUGAACACUGUUUUUCCACACAGGCUUUUUGACAGUAAAGUGAGGGUUUCAGGUUGAGCACGAGAACUCGACUGAGCUCUUCAAAAUCGGCUCCAUCAGUUCUACCUCAUGAGUUCUGUUCUGAAUGCACUUUGCGUGAGAAGGGUCCUGCAUCACAGAGGUGCAGUGGAACCGUUUUCUCUUUAAAGCAUCAUUCCUGCUGACAAGCACGAGCCUUAUUUAUUAAAUUUGUUUUUGGUUUCUUCAGCUUCCUGCUGCCUGAGGAGCUCCACGUCCCUCUA